AUGGAAGCAAUGACAACGACGAUGAUGAAUCUUCCCAAAGAUUUAGCAGAAGAGAUUCUCUCUAGGGCUCCUUUGAAAUCUAUUAAACCUGUUCGAUUAACAUGCAGAAACUGGAACGAGUUAUCCAAAAGCCCUAGCUUUAUGAAGUUGCACCUUGGUAGAUUAUCAGCUGCGAUAAAGGAAGGGGAGACUCAGAUGAUCGCGAUGAUCGGUAACAAUACUUAUCUAGCGAGCAUCGACGUCAACGGAGAUCCAUCUAUAGAGGAUAAAGGCACACUUAACUUGCUAAGCGAAACAGAUAAGUUAUCUGACAUCUUUCACUGCGAAGGUUUAUUACUAUGCAUCUUGAAAGGUUAUUCUAGGUUUCUAGUUUGGAAUCCGUAUUUAGGGCAAAAAAGGUGGAUCGAACCACCAUUAUCUAAUCGCUCUUUCACUUACGCUCUCGGUUACGAGGAUAACAAUAGUAGCGUCAAACUCUUGAGGUUUACAGAUUCUUACCACAGUAAAAAAUCCGAUAACAAAAAAGAUUGGUAUGACGUGUACGAUUUUGACUCUGAUUCGUGGACGAAUCUUGAUGCGACUCCAACAUGGCGUAAAGCGUUUUGGGGCAUUGGCGUUUCUCUCAAAGGAAACACUUACUGGUGUGCCACAAGAAGCAACUCAAGCGUAGAAGUCUUGGCUGAUCACAUAAUCUGUUUUGAUUUCACAAGUGAGAGGUUUGGGCCUCUCUUGCCUCUGCCGUUUUGUGCAUGGACGUUUGAUGACUAUGUGGCUCUAUCUUGUGUGAGAGACGAGAAGCUUGCAGUUUUACUUCAGCACGAAACAUGUCCAUAUGAGCUUGACAUAUGGAUUACGACUAAGAUUGAUCCCGAAAAUGUUUCAUGGAGCAAGUUCUUGAGGAUGGAUAUAGGACCUGAAAAUGACAUGAUGGUUCCACAUAUACCAGAGGUGAUGGCUCCAGAUAUAGUAAGAAGUUUCUUCAUUGACGAGGAGAAGAAAGUCGCCAUGGGUUUUAAUGGAGAAAGACCACCAAAAUUUGUCGUCAUUGGAGAGGCUGCAUACGUUAGAGAAUUGGAUCUCCUCGGAGAACCAGCCCAUCCAAAGUGGACGCCACAUGUUUGCGCUUAUGUUCCGAAUUUACUGCAAAUCAAGAAACCUGCGGAAGGAGAAAGGAAAUAA